AUGUGCUUCGCCAUAAAGCUCCAAACGGCGUGAGUAUACGUCCUGCCGGAUGCGUAUGCCAUCUUCAAGCCGACCGAUAUCCUCAUACGCAGUCGCAAGAUUGCUCUGACUCAUGAGUAUGCUUGCUUCUGCUACGCCAAUUCGCCGGUAAAUAGACAACUGGGCCUCUUUCACGGGCAACGCGUCCUCGUGGUGGCCUGCUUCGGUCAAUACGUGUUAAGCGAGAAGCCGCUCGCCCCCAGCGUCGCCGUCGCGACGAAGACAAUCGACGCAGCGAAGGAGGCCAACGCCCUCGGCCGUUGGGGCGUGGCCGAGAACUACCGCUUCGAGCCGGCCGUGGAACGACUGGCUUCUGCAGACAUCGGCACCGUCCGAUCGGUUCGACUGAGCGUCGGCGCGCCGAUUACUGAAGGAAAUCCCUACGCGCAAACGGCCUGGCGGCAGUCACCAGAUCAUGUCGGCGCUUACUUCGGCGACGCCGGCCCGCACUACGUCGCCGCUUUGCGCGCGGCCGUCGGUUCCGCCCCAAGAGGCGUCCGCGCCCUGGCCACGCAAGGCUCACAAGUCGUGCCCGCGCCGGACGCCGUCGCGGCUGUCAUGACGUUCCCGGGCGACGUCUUGGGAACGCUCCAUUGUUCAUUCCACCCCAAGGCUCCGAAGAGAUUCGAGUUGGUCGUCGACGGCGACAAGGGCACGGCGUCGAUGAUUCGCACGGAAGCCGUGGGAACCGGCAUUUUCGGCUACUCCGUCGACGUCAACAACGGCGAGCAUUCGUUCUGUCCCUUCUCGGGCGUGCCUCGCGAGCUCUCGGCUUUCAUUACAGCCGUCCGCAAGGGCGGCCCGGUCCCGCGCGCUUUAUCGGCGACGGAGGCGCUCGUCGACCUGAAGGUCGUGGAAGCGAUCUGCGACGCGGCGGCCGCGAAGUCGGCCGCGGGAACGCGCGUCGCUGCCUAG